AUGGACCAGAAAUCUGUAACUGCACUUAUACUAUUAGAUUUAUCGAAGGCAUUUGAUAGCGUACAUCACCCAACAUUGCUUAACAAGCUAAGACACAUUGGCGCAUCUCCUGAGGUAGUGAAGUGGUUCGAAAGCUACUUAACGGGCAGAUCACAAUUUGUCCGUAUUGGAACGUCUGUUUCGUCAUCUCUUGACAUCACUCACGUGGUUCCACAGGGUGCUAUUUUAUCUCCACUCUUGUUUAGCAUCUAUGUAAACGAGUUACCACUGGCCCCACGUCACAGCUCCCUUAAAUCAUAUGUUGAUGAUUCAAAGAUGUUCUUAUCAUUUCGUGUUAAAGACGCGACUGACACAAAAGAGUACCUUCAGGAAGAUCUCAGCCGAGUAGCAAAUUGCUGCUCUGAACUUCAUCUACUUAUUAACCCGGAGAAAACCAAGUAUUUACUUAUCGGAACACGACAACAGUUACAAAAUCUCCCCACAGAUAUGUGCCUAAGUUUUCUAGGUGAAACUAUCAGGCCAGUUCCUUCAGCCAAGGAUUUAGGAUUAAUAAGGGACACCAACAUGUCAUACGAUUGCCAUAUCACCGAAUUAGUCUCCUCUUGCAUGUCCAAAUUGUCACAGAUCAACCGAGUAAGCAAAUAUUUUGAUAAAGAAACUAUAUCCCUCUUGGUAUCAGCAUUGGUAAUAAAUAAACUUCUUUAUUGCUCCUCUGCUUGGUCGAACACUUCGGCCAAAAAUAUUAACAAGCUACAACUGGUACAAAACUUCAGGAUCGUGACAAACAGCAAGAAGUUCGAUCAUAUCUCACAAAAACUGCAAGAACUGAAUUGGCUUCCAGUUAAGGAACACUUACUUUUUAGAGAUACAAUUUUGAUGUACAAGUGUAUUAACAAUCUAGCCCCACCUUACUUGUGCAAUAAAUUUAGUAAACGAUCAAAUAUACAUGAAUGUAACACUCGUAACCGAGAGCUCCUCCAAAUACCGAUUUAUAAUACCACCACUGGCCAGAGAACAUUUCAUUAUAGAGGGGUGAAACUAUGGAAUGAUCUGGACAAUAACACGAAACAAAUGCCAUGUUUGAGAAGUUUUAAGAAUAAAUUAAAGAAAGACAUGUUAGACAGACUGUAUUCUUAG